AAAGGGCUGCCAACCAGAGCCUCAUCCUGCAUUCUGACUACAAGCAGAAUGGAAGCCUGGAAACUCCUCUCUCUGGGAUACACCUUCUUGACCCUGCUUUUUUUCCAGCAGGCCUGGGCUCAAUUCCCAAGAGACUGUGCCACCCCUGAGGCUCUGAGAAGUGGUGUGUGUUGCCCAGAUCUGUUCCCACUGUCCGGGCCUGGUACUGACCGCUGUGGUUCUUCAUCAGGAAGGGGCAGGUGUGAUGCCCUGACAGUUGACUCCCGACCCCACAGCGCCCAGUACCCACACGAUGGCCGAGAUGACCGAGAGAAGUGGCCCACACGGUUCUUCAACAGGACAUGCCACUGCAAUGGCAAUUUCUCAGGACACAACUGUGGAACUUGCCGUCCUGGAUGGAGAGGACCUGCCUGUGACCAGAGGGUUCUCACAGUCAGGAGAAACCUAUUGGACUUAAGCACUGAAGAAAAGAACCGUUUCAUCCGGGCCCUGGAUAUGGCAAAGCGCACAAAUCACCCUCAGUUUGUCAUCGCCACCAGGAGAUCAGAGGAAAUACUGGGGCCAGACGGCAACACGCCCCAAUUUGAGAACAUUUCCAUUUAUAACUACUUUGUGUGGACCCACUACUACUCCGUCAAAAAGACUUUCCUUGGGGCAGGGCAGGAGAGCUUUGGUGAAGUAGAUUUCUCUCACGAGGGACCAGCGUUUCUCACGUGGCACAGGUACCACCUGCUGCAGCUGGAGAGAGACAUACAGGAAAUGCUGCAGGAUCCUUCUUUCUCCCUUCCUUACUGGAAUUUUGCCACCGGGAAGAACGUCUGUGACAUUUGCACUGAUGACUUGAUGGGGUCAAGAAGCAACUUUGAUUUCACUCUGAUAAGCCCGAACUCUGUCUUUUCUCAAUGGCGAGUGGUCUGCGAAUCCUUGGAAGAUUACGACACCCUGGGAACCCUUUGUAACAGCACUGAGGGUGGGCCAAUUAGGAGAAAUCCAGCAGGAAACGUGGCAAGACCCAUGGUGCAACGCCUUCCUGAACCACAGGAUGUCACUCAGUGCUUGGAAGUUGGUUUAUUUGACACGCCUCCUUUUUAUUCCAAUUCCACAAACAGCUUCCGAAACACAGUGGAAGGUUACAGUGAUCCCUCAGGAAGGUACGAUCCUGCUGUUCGAAGCCUUCACAACUUGGCUCAUUUAUUCCUAAAUGGAACUGGAGGACAAACUCAUUUAUCUCCCAAUGAUCCUAUUUUUGUCCUCCUGCACACUUUCACUGAUGCCAUCUUUGAUGAGUGGCUGAGGAGAUACAACGCUGAUAUAUCCAUAUUUCCAUUAGAAAAUGCCCCUAUUGGACAUAAUAGACAAUACAAUAUGGUGCCAUUCUGGCCUCCAGUUACCAACAUGGAAAUGUUUGUUACUGCUCCGGACAACCUGGGAUAUACUUACGAGGUUCAAUGGUCAAGUCAGAGUUUUAGCAUUUCUGAGAUCGUCACCAUCGUGGUGGUUGCUUCGCUGUUACUGGUUGCAGUCAUUUUUGUGGGUGCUUCAUGUCUGAUUCGUGCCAGAAGCAACAUGGAUGGAGCACAUCAGCCUCUCCUCACAGAUCACUAUCAACGCUAUGCUGAAGAAUAUGAAAAGACCCAUAAUCCUAAUCAGUCUAUGGUCUAAUGAC